AUGCCGCGAUGUAUGAAAUCAUAUGGUGAUCUUCUCAUUGGAUGGGCAAUGACCAGACAGUUUCAAGUUUAUCUUAGCCCAUCUGUUUCAUCUAUAACCUAUAGCUGUGUCCAUUGUCGUGCCCAUUUAGCUGAUCAUAAUGAUCUUAUCAGUAAGGCAUUUCAAGGUAGUCAAGGACGUGCCUACCUCUUUGACAAGGUUGUUAAUGUCAAAUCAGCUAAUGCGGAAGAUCGAUUACUUCUAACCGGUCAGCAUCGAGUUGCAGAUCUGCAUUGUGCCGGCUGCAACUCUCUUCUCGGGUGGAAAUAUGAACGUGCAUUUGAGGCUAGUCAACGGUACAAGGAGGGAAAGUUUAUUAUCGAAUUAGCGCAUUUAAUUAAAGAGAAUCGCUGGACAGAAUCGAGUUUUCCCUCCUCGCCAUCUUCUGGUUAUCAAAGUGGUGAAGCUACUUCUCCUGUUGGCCGUCCAUUGUCCAUAGAGGGUCAGCGAAAUGAUGCAUUUACAGUGGAUAGCUCGGGUGAUGAAGCUGUACUUUUUCCUUCAACUUCCUCAUCAAAUCCGCAAAGAGGAUCGCUGAAUUCUGAGAGCGGAACACUGCGCCGAACUAUUGAAAAUACUACUACGCCAGAUUUAACAUUUGAACAGACUUCUCCUCAACUUAAUCCGGUCAACUUGGGUUGGAAUGACCUGUCUCUUGUAAGUUUCAUAGCACAAAUCUGA